AUGUUGAAGCGUUCAUGGACCGGGUGGAACUACGCCGUCUUUCCUGCCCACCUUCUUCCCUGGCACCAAGUGGCUGCGAGAAACGUCGUAAACGCUCUAUACCCCUUCACUCCCCAGGCGGUACGAUCUUGCAUAGGCCAUUAUCGAAAGCUCUGCGAGGACCUGAAAGUUUGCGAGAGCCGGGAGUCGUUCGCUGAGGCGCGGAAGAUCCAUGCCCGGGUCAUCGUGUUUGGGCUCGCGGCCUCCACCUUUCUGCAGAACCAUCUGUUGAAAAUCUACUCCGUCUGCGGCUCCCUCGAGGAUGCUCGCCGCGUCUUUCGCCGCACUCUCUUUCGAAAUGCAUUUUCUUGGAACGCCAUGAUCGACGGCUUAUCGGCGUAUGGCCGGCUGGAUGAGGCAAGAGCCCUGUUUGUUGAAAUGCCCCACAAGGACGCCUGCUCUUGGAACACCAUGAUGUCAGGCGCCUUCCGCAACGGUGAGUAUGAGGAAACUCUGAAGCUCUUCGUUUCGAUGCUUCAAAGCUCGAGUUUGCAGCCCAAUUCGAUCAGUUUUUCCUGUGCCAUGAAGGCCUGCGGUGCCCUUAGGUCCCCUGGGCUCGGGCUCCAGCUACACGGCCUGGUUAUAAAGUUUGGUUUCCUCGGAGAGGCUGCCAUUGAAAUUUCUAUCCUCGACAUUUAUGUAAAAUGUGGUUUCAUGGAUCUUGCCGCCCAGCAGUUUGAGUUUCUGAAGAACCCUGAUAUCUUUUGUUGGAAUAUCAUGAUCUUGGGGCUCUCGAGGUUAUCAUCAAGCUUAGAGCGCGCUCGAGAAUUAUUCCACCGGAUUCCUGAAAGGAACAUCGUUUCCUGGAACACCAUGAUUUCAUCGUUACACCAACAUGGGCACCGGGUCGAAGCUCUCUCUAUGUUCGCCAAGCUGAACAGGGAAGGAUUCGAACCUGACGCCAUGACUUAUGCAUGCGCUCUACGGGCGUGUGCCAGCAUCCCCGAUGCCGUUUGGGGCAGGCAUCUUCAUGCCCGGAUUAUAAGGCUUCGGUCAAUUGUCGAUACCUUUGUUGGCAGCGCUUUGGUCGACAUGUAUGCCAAUAUUGGGCAUUUAGGAGCUGCAAAACAGACCUUUCAUGGGCUGACUGAGCCUGAUCUGGCAUCUUGGACUUCAAUUACCAGAGGAUUUGUCAAAUCGGGGUUUGUUAAAGAUGCAAUUAUUCUGUUUAAUCAGAUGAGGAAGGUGCCACUGUCACCAGAUGAAGCAAACCUUGUCACGGUUCUUGGAACCUGCUCUUCGAAAGAUCAAAUGGGUCUUGGAAUCCAGCUGCACUCUAUUGCGGCUAAGAUGGGUUUUGAUGUUUCCACCGCUGUGGCUAAUGCACUCACUGCAAUGUAUGCCAAAACUGGGAGUGUUCAUGAUGCCCACUCCAUCUUCUCAUCAACGCCAGCAAGAGAUGUGGUUUCUUGGACGACUAUGAUCACUGCCCAUUCCCAUACGGGUGAUCUCGCCAAUGCCCUCUCAACUUUUAGGAAGAUGCCAGAGAGGAACGUAGUCACCUGGAAUGCAAUGCUGGCAUCGUACAUGCAGAAUGAGCGCAGGGAGGAAGGGCUCAAGAUGUACGUCUUGAUGCUCAGAGAAGCAGAAGCACGGCCAGAUUCGAUCACCUUCACCACCCUACUCUGUGCAUGUGCUUAUUUGGGUGUGCUGAGGCUUGGAAACCAGCUAUUUUCUCAGACUGCUAAAUUUGGUGUUGGUUCUGAUGUCUCAGUUGCCAAUGCGUCCGUCAAACUUUAUGCAAGGUGUGGGAGGAUAGAAGAGGCCCGUGAAAUUUUUGAUUCCAUCAAUGGAAAGAACCUGAUCUCUUGGAAUACCAUGAUCACUGGAUAUGCCCAAAAUGGCUUGGGAAAGAAAGCUAUUGAGGCUUUCGAGAGCAUGUUACUCACAAGCACAAAUCCUGAUCGAAUAACAUUCAUCGGACUUCUCUCGGCAUGUCGUCAUGCGGGGCUUGUAUCAGAAGGGAAACAUUAUUUUGCCUCGAUGAUGAAGCAUCACAAUAUUUUCCCGGGCACCGAGCAUAUUGCCUGCAUGGUUGACCUCCUUGGCCGGGUUGGCCUACUGGAAGAAGCUAAGGCGAUGAUAGAUGACAUGGAAACUGAACCUACUGCUGAGAUCUGGGGAGCCUUGCUCAAUGCCUGCAAAAUCUAUUCCAGAGUUGAACUGGCAGAGAACGCCAUGCAGAAUCUGUUGAAGUUGGAUCUGACGCAUUCUGGGGGCUAUUCCCUGCUCACUCGCAUCUACGCCGAUUCGGGCAUGUCAGACGCUGCAGCAGGGGUGAGGAAACUCAUGAAAGAUAGAGGAAUAAGAAAAAACCCCGGUUGCAGUUGGCUGGAGUUCGAUAGCAGGAUCCAUGUUUUUGUUGUUAAUGAGGCGAAUCAUCCUCAGAUCGAGGAUAUUUUGGUUGCUUUGGACCAGAUUACUAUCAGAAUUCAAGCCAAGGGUUAUGAAAACCAGGUGGAAUCGCAGAGCCGCCACAGUGAGAAACUGGCUUUGGCAUUUGGCCUAAUUAAUCUCCCUUCCUGGGCUCCGAUCCAUAUUAUGAAGAAUCUCCGUGUCUGUGCCGAUUGCCACAGCUUUAGUAAAUUUGUAUCCCUGGUAUUUACCAGGGAACUGGUGAUAAGGGAUGCAAGCCGUUUCCAUCAUUUCAGAGAUGGCCACUGUUCAUGCGGUGAUUAUUGGUGA